CGCGAAGCACAGCCCUCCUGGCCUCAUCACAUAUUCAUCUUUCCAAUCGCUUUCUCCUAAUCUCCCCUGGAACCGCUAACCAAAACGCUCCUUCGCAAGCCUUCUUCACCACAACGUCGCUCCUUACUCUUAAACCUUUCCUCAUUUCCACUCUCUUUGUCUACACAAUACUGUUACCCCCCCAUAUAUUGUCUUAUAAUCCCCGUAUAUGGCUUAAUACUUGCUCUUCUAUUCUUCUAGUCGCCGUCGCGACCUCUCUCUCUCCUCGCUUCCAUCUCGACACUCAUCCUCCCGACCUCAAAAACAUCCUUGUCCUCCUCGUACUACAGUCAAGAUGCGGAAAGGCGUACUCAUCUUCCUCCUGGUCCAGGUUCUCGUCAUAGGAAUGCUGGUCCGCAGCGUAUGGACAUUAUUAGAGCUUCUUGUUAUCGAUGGCUCGAGAGAUCAAAUCUCCCGUGCUGAACUACCCGCUCCAAACUCUGGCGCCAUUCAAGAACGACCGCAGCUGAUACCAAAAAUUAUUCACCAAACCUACGUCAACACAAGUAUUCCUGAGAACUGGAAGGAAGCUCAGCAAAGUUGCUUGGAUCUUCACGAGGACUAUGAAUAUCGACUUUGGACCGAUAAGAAGGCUCGCGAGUUCAUUGCCGCAGAGUAUCCUUGGUUCCUCGAGACUUACGACGGCUAUGAACAUCCCAUCAUGCGAGCAGACUCAAUUCGAUACUUUGUUCUAGCCCACUUCGGUGGCAUCUACAUCGACUUGGAUGAUGGUUGCAACCGUCGUCUUGACCCUCUCCUCGCGUAUCCCGCAUGGGUACGGCGCACUGCUCCCACGGGUAUUUCCAACGAUGUAAUGGGUGCCGUGCCACGCCAUCCUUUCUUUCUUCGAGUCAUUGAUUCGCUGCCCGAAUACAAUCGCAAUUGGGUCCUUCCGUACAUCAGUAUCAUGGCAUCCACUGGGCCUCUGUUCCUAUCUCUGAUUUGGAGGCACUAUGACCGUGAAGGGCCAGUUGGCGUUGACAGGGUCCGCAUACUCUUCCCGGAUGAAUACAACAAUCACCCAUGGAGUUUCUUUACGCACCACAUUGGCAACAGUUGGCAUGGCAAGGACGUCCAAUUGAUCUUCUGGAUGGCUCGUCACUGGGUCAUGCUCACUGUAAUUGGCUUCAUUGUGGGUUUCUCCGUCAUCGGUUGCAUGUACUGGACCUAUGGUCGCUUCUCGGCCACACCCCGAUAUCGCAUUCGCGGUUGGCGAUACCGUGUCGCUCCGUGGUCACGACUAGAGAAAAAAGGUGACUACGAGCGCUCAGAUCGCCACGAGGUGUGAGUCACCUCACAGGUCAUAACGAUUUGACGACGUCCGAAACCCCUACCCCCCAAAAAUAAAUCAUGAUUGUGCAUUAUCCGGCGUUUCUAAGGUUACCAGCAUCCAAGGAGUUCCAUAUGAACAAAAUUAACGAUUGUAAUCACCGAGGACACCGUACAUUCGCGUUCAAUUCUUGUACAGAUACAGGGUUUCACAUGAGCAGGUUUUGACAGAUUCUGCAUUGUGGUGGCUUGUUGGAUUAGACAUCUAUUCAGGUCAUCACAAGAGCAAACACGUCAUGUCUAUAGCUCCUGUACACACAAAGCACAGCUUAUUGUUAUCAUCAAGCGACAGGAAAACGUGACGUAGAUAGAGAGGAACACUAUUUUAAUCUAUUCUGGCGAGCUGGCUCCGGACCAACCGAAAUCGUUCAUAUAGGAAAUGAAGAAAUCAACAUUCUAUAGUAGUGGCGCCACCAAAUUAAUGAAAUGAAGCUGAACAUGAAGUCCGCAAAUCCUU